UUAAAUACGCAAGUAAAUAUGUUUUCUUAGUUCAAUUCACUUAAAACAUAAUCAUUAAUUGACAUUGGUCCAGUUUUGUACGUUAGCAGGAAGUAACUUACACUGACAGUCCAGUCUUCAUUCGUUAGAUAACCGACAAUUGAAGAUAUGGCAUGUAGAGACAUGAUGGAUGCUGCUCCGGGCAAGGAAGAAAAAGUCAUUAACAGUUUCUCAGAAAGUAACACAGGACAAGGUAAUAUAUCAACAGCACAUUUGAACCAAGAGAGAUAUCAAAUUAGUUGUGGGAUAGCAGUUGUGAUUAAUAACGUUGAAUUUGAAGCCAAUUUGAAUUUAUCAGAUCGUAUCGGAAGUGAUGAGGAUGCGUUAACACUAUUCCAGAGUUUCAAGCAACUUGGUUUCAAGAGUGAACGUUUGGAUAAUGCUACUAAGGAUGAAAUGGAAAAGAAGUUUAAUGAAAUUAAAGAAGACAAGAAAAGUUUGGAGGAAACAGACUGCCUCAUUAUUGUUAUGAUGACCCAUGGUACUGAAGAGAGUGUGUUUAUGACAGAUAUGUCUAUUAAGACGAAAAAUGUUAUGGAUUACUUCAAUGCAGAGAAUUGUAAAGAACUUCAGAUGAAGCCAAAAAUUUUUAUAUUACAGGCCUGUAGAGGUACAGGUUUAGGAGGUGGUUUAGAAAUGGAAGUUGUAACAGAUAAAGAAAUAUACAAGAUUGAGCCAAACCAAGCAGAUGCUGGUGGUUUUUAUCGUGAAUAUGACAAGACACACGGAGACCCAAUCCGUAUUCCAAAUGAAGCGGAUUUCCUUGCAGUGUAUUCUACUUCCGUUGGCUAUACAUCUUUCCGAACCACAGAUAUGGUGUCCCCUUUUGUGCAUCACUUGUCAGAAGAGCUCCUGAACAUUUCAAAAGAAGACAAUUUCUACAAAGUCUUGACCAGGGUUAACAAAAAAGUCGGAUUGGAAUAUAAACCAAGCCCUAAAAUGAGUGGCAUUGUUACUCAGAUGCCUUGUUUCAGUUCGCAUCUUACAAAGGAACUGUUUUUUAACCUGAAAGAAAUGGCAAAUCGAGGCAAACUAGAUGCAAAUGACCAAGACACAUUAACAACAUCGUCAAUUACCAAGGAGACGGGACGUAAUACAGGACAAGGUAUCAUAAACAAAAGCCAUUUGGACAAAACAAGUUAUACUAUAAGAACUGGGAGAGCAGUCGUGAUCAAUAACACAGAAUUUGAUUCCAAAUUAGGCGUAUAUGAUCGUAGAGGAGGUGACGGGGAUGCUGCAUCUCUACUGCAAAGAUUCAUGGAACUUGGUUUCGAAAGUGAACUUUUGUCUGAUGCCACUAAGGAUGAUUUGGAAGAGAAAUUUCAAGAAAUUAAAGGUGACAAGGAGGAAUUACAAAAAACAGACUGCCUGAUUGUAGCUGUGUUGUCACAUGGUGAUGAGGACAGUGUGUAUAUGACAGAUACACCUGUAAAGAUUAAGGCAGUGAUGGAUUAUUUCAAUUCGCAGAACUGCCCAGAACUUAUUCAACAGCCAAAAAUCUUUAUUUUCCAGUGUUCUAGAAGAGCAGCCUUAAGAUAUGGUGGUAACUUUAAAGUUGAAGAAGAGAAGAAAGAAAAUUAUAUUCCUUAUGGUUUAGAAACUGUCCGUAUUCCCAAUGAAGCAGAUUUCCUUGCAGUUUAUUCUACGUCAUUAGGUGACAGAUCAUAUGGUAGUACAGAGGGAUCAUCGCCAUUUUUAUGUCAACUGAUGAAAGAGCUACAGGAAAUGAAGAAGGAUGAUGAUAUUUACACAGUUUUGACCAAAGUGAAUAACAAAGUUAUGAGAUUUGAGCCUGGCAGUAUAGAUAGUAAAGAUAUAAGGCAGAUGCCAUAUUUUGUAUCCCACCUUACGAAAGAUUUGUAUCUGAAACAGAUAAACUAGAUGCAUGAUGCACUUCCACAAGGACUAAUAAAUAAGGCGUUACACUAGACAUUAAAGAUCAAUCCAUAAUCUAUCAACAUUCGUUAUAUAAAAAUAAAAACUGUGUUGGUUUGGUUCACUAUUAUAUUUAAAUAAGAAUGUAAAAUACUUCAAAAGUUUUAUUAUAUAGAAUAAGCUGAUAUCUGAAACACUUAUGUUAAAUAGUCAUAUGCAAUUUUUCUCAAUUUAAUUUGUAUCAAUUAUAAUUAUAUUACACAGAUUAGAACAAAUCUUUCAAAAAGUAUAUAGAAAAUGAAUACUCUUUAUAAAAAUUUCUACAGUUCGAACAUUAAUUACAGUCUUUCAUGUUUGGGUGUUAUUGUUGUAAAUGUUUUGUUUAGUCAAAGAACAGUAAGUAAAAUUGGUAUGAUACUGAUUUCAAUGCGAAUGACAUAGGGUGUACUCGACAUAAAUAUUUGUAAUUAUCAAUAUCAUAAUUCCUUGAACUGUUUUUUGUUUGUUUGUUGUAAAUAUGUUAGAUAUGAAAACUAAUUUCUAUAAUAUUGCUCAUUUGUAGAUAAAGCACGUAAAAUCGGUGAACACUUGCUAAAAAUUAUCUCUAGAUUGUUUCCUUAGAACUAUCCAUAUAACUUACUUAAAAACGACAAUUAAAAAAACUUUAGGUUAGUUACGAAAUAUAAAAAGAUUGAUACAUUUGUCCUUGAAUCAAUUUGUUCUCAUGAGGUAAAAAUAAUUAGGCAAGCUAGAAAUUACUUCAUAUAGAUCUAUUAGAAAUAAAGAUGUCUAGCAACAGCAUAUCAAAUUUUAUAAAAAAAUAUAAAAAAAGACGAACAAGUCCUCAAACACUACAUAGAAAAAUAAAGACUGAGCAACAAUAAACCCAUCAAAAAAACUUAGGGUGAACUCGUGUGUCCCGGAAGAGAACAGUUCCUUCGCCACAUGCGCAACCUGUCGUAUUUGGUUUUCCAAAUGUAAAUUGAUAAUUCGGAAAAUUAAGAAAAUUUUUCACCUUUUUUAAUUGUAUUCUAUACAAAUGAGCAUAUAGUUCAAACUAUUCAUUCCAUAUCUAACUUGCAAACAUAAAUUAAAAAAAAAGUUAUUUAUUUUAACAUGCCAAUAAUUAGUAGUCUUGUAAAAACUACUUUACCGGAUUAAUGUAAAUAUAUUUGAACUACAUUUUUUCAAUUGUAUAUAUAAUUGUAUGCAUUUUUUAGAAUAUAAUGUUAAGAAGAUAUUAUCAAAAAAUGCUUCGUGAAAUAAAAAUUCAAUAUUG